AUGAAGGAAGAAUUUGUCGGUCGUGAGUGGUUGUUCUGUAAAGUUGAAAAAUGGUUUGAAAAAGACCUCGGGUCUCGGGAGUCUCGUGUCUUCCUUAUCUGGGGUGGUGCUGGAACAGGCAAAAGCUCGUUCGCCCAAGAGUUUGUCCGUCGGCACGAAGGAGAAAAAUUGGCUGGAUACCAUUACUGUCAAAGAGAUAAUCCUCGCACCUGCGAUUUGCAAUCGUUAGUCUAUAGUCUCAGUACUAUGCUCUCGAAGAGUCUUUCCGAAUAUGCUGCCUUGGUUGAGAAACUACAGACUGAUCAAUUUCGAGAUAAUCCUAACGCACUGUUCGAUUUGUUAAUUACUACGCCAUUGCAGCAAUUGAAUGAAAAUACCAGACAUUUUCUUGUCAUUGACGGCUUAGAUGAAGGAGGUGCCAUGAUUGCUUCUUGCUUUGCCAGAUUAUCAGGAACACUUCCUUCGUCGCUUCGCGUCAUUUUGACUGCAAGACACAAUUCUCCAGCUUUAUCGGGCCUUUUUUUAAAUUCCACCUCUGUUAAACUAGACCAAUUUGAGACUAGUCUCGAGUCCCUGUCUAGCAAAGAUAUUCGUCAAUUUGUCUCCAUGAAGUACAGAAAACUUCAAACUGAAUUUAACUGUAUUCCUUCUUUCUUUGCUACUGACGAGCAAGUAGGCCAAGAGAAAAUAGUUCAGGCUAGUCAGAACUGCUUUCUUUAUGCUAAACUUGUGAUGGAACACAUCUUUGAUGGCCAUAAUGAAAUUGGUUUGCCUGCCUCGUUAUCUGAGAUUUACUGCUUGGACUUCAGGCGUCACUUUCCAGAUAUAGAAUUCUUUGAGAAAAAAGUUGCACCUGUGCUUCAAAUUGUGCUUGCCAUUCAAUCUGCUAAGGCUUUUAUACAUCAAGAGAUACCUGAAAUAGGUAGAUUAAAUCACCUAAUCUCCAUUUUUAAAAAUAAUGAGGAUGGUAGUACUCAGUUUUAG